AUGGUGCAGUCAGCUGUCUUGGUGCGGCAGGGUUUUCAUGCCCUGGCACAGCCGGUUGUCCUAGUGCGGCAGGGUUUCCAUGCCCUGGUGCUGCCGGUUGUCCUAGUGCGGCAGGGUUUCCAUGCCCUGGCGCAGCUGGUUGUCCAGGUGCGGCAAGGUUUCUAUGCCCUUACUGCCCGAUCACAUUCUCUAGCAGAGUCCUUAUGUCUAGGAGACCAUGCAGGAGAGCCGCAUUGA